UCUUCGUUCGUGGUUCUUCGUUCUUCGUUCUUCGUUCGCACGCACGCUUCAAGGAUCCAGAACUUCCGGGCGCCCUUGACUGCGGAACAGAUCACUCGGAGCCUCGAGGCCUACUUACUGUGGCUUUUCGGCAAGGUGAUGUUCACGGAGAACCAUGUCACCACUAUCAGCGCCCUCUACAUCCCUAUGGCACUCGAGAUAGCGAGCGCUCAGACGGCGGAUCAGAUCAGACAGAGGAGUUGGGGUUCGGCGGUGUUAGCGGCUACAUACCGAGGUAUGUGCAACGGUUGCCAGCUUACAUCGAGAAAGCCAGCCCUUCUUGGAUGCCCUCUAUUCCUACAGCUGUGGUCGUGGGAGAGGUUCUCUAUAGGGCGACCAGAUGUACGGGUUCAUGAGCCUAUAGACGCCAUGUUUGAUGUUGAGGGCAUCGACAUGCCUACUUUCGGUCUGUGUUGGACUCGUCGCAAGAGACGCUUUGCUAGUGAUCAGACCAGGAAGGCGUACACAGCAUUGAACGAGCAGUUCGAUGCGUACACCGGGGUAAUCUGGCAGCCCUACACGGCAGCAGCCAUACAAGAGAGAUACCCUGCUGGUAUGUCUGUGCUAUGCACAAGGGACCGAGAUUACUGGAUGACAAAAUCGAAGAUCAUCUUCGAUGUCUUCGUCGAGGAGAUGGCACAACAGAGGGUUAUGAGGCAAUUUGGUCUUCUGCAGUUGGAGCUACCUCCCCCUAUAGAGAACCCGGUGCCAUCACACAUCCACAGGUAUUAACCAGUUUUUCAAUGUUGCAUUUUCUUUCAUAGUACUCCAUUCGAAGCUUUAGGUAAUUGUUGAACACACACCACAAUUUUAGGACGACAAGGAAGGGCAUGAACAGGACAACUGUUGAAUGGCUAGUUAGACUAGAGCCGUAUGUUAUAGAAUGGGAGACAGCAAACACAAAUCUAUGGCACGAGAAUCACAAUUUCGAUCUCGAUGAAUUCAAUCUCUAUUUGCGGUGCUACAUGACCGGAACACGGUUACGCAUUGUUGAGUACUCCCACCCAGAGGAGUUACCGGAUCCUACUCCGUCGGAUAUGUACCCGAGCUAUGAUACUUCGGGCUCUAGGCAGUACGCGGUAAGAUAUUUUUUCUUUACGUAAUGUUGUCACAUACUUUGACGUGCAAGAGACAGACAUUAUUAAUCGUCAUGGAAA